AUGGAAGACCUGAUGCAGCAGAAUGAGACCACGCUUAGUACGACAAAGAAGUCCUUCAAACUCGAGGAAAUGCGCAUCCUUGCCGUACUCUUUCUCCUCCUACUAACCCCUGCUGGUCCUCGGCCAACGGCGACGCUCAACCUACGAUUCAAGGACAUUCGGGUCGCUUUGGCAAGGGACCCAGAAGGCGGGCCACAUAAGCUUCUUCUACGGUUCACUCCUGAAUUCACCAAAACCUACCUCGGCGAAAGGAACAGUGGGUACGCUGCUAUUCUAGUGCAAGCGCCGCGGUUAGCUAAUGUCUCAGGAAAACAUUCACGAUCCCCGAAACCAUGUUUGAUCCGUCCUUGCUCUUCAGCCCCCACGUUUUCCUAUUGGGCAUCAUUUUCCGUCACCGAGCUUUUCGUGCAUCAAGUCCACCUUCGCCGCAUCAUCUUCAAAGCCUUGACAUACAUCCUGCUGAGCGAGAGCUUCCCUUACCAUUAA